GUCGAGGGGCCGCAGGGCCGGGGUCUCGGGUUUUGGGGCUGACGGUCCAGACGGGGCGGAGCCGUGAGGACUGGGGACGGGCGGCGCGAGGCGGCCGGGCUCAGAAGGAGGGAGGCGGCUGCAGGGUGAAUGGUGCAUGCUCCGUAGCAGAGCCCCAGGUGUGCACCUCAGAAAGAAGAAAGCGACGAAACGAAUAACAUGAGGUCCAGUAGAAGCCGACUUUUUGUUCAAGGCAGGGAAGUAAAAGCAAACCAUUGCUCUUUCCCCAGUGACAUCCUUUAUUUUGUUACUUGAAGCAUCCAGCUUUUCUAACAUUCAUGAUGCCGGAAGGGAAAUUGCCUUCCAAUAAAAGACCGCGUCGGAGUUUAUCAAGUAGCAGAACUAAAAAAAAUGAAUCUAAGUCUAUUGUUUUGUUUUUUAACAAUGUACCACCUGCUAAACUUGCCUGUCCCAUUUGUAGUAAAAUGGUGCCAAGGUAUGACUUGAACCGGCACCUUGAUGAAAUGUGUGCUGACCCCGGUGAUGUCACUCCAGCUGACCCUGGGCAUGGUAGCUUAAUGAAUUCCAAUGUGUCCACUGUAGAUUUAACCAAUACUGCCAUAGACAAUGUAACACCACAGAAGUCAUCACCAUUAAAGACAAAUUUAACCCUUGACCAAAGCGAUUCAGCAAAACCAGGCGUAAAAAAGCAGACGAGUCCCUACUUUAAAAGUAGCAAUGAUGAGGCACGUAAAAAUCAAGAUGAGCCAAGUCCACGUAAUGUCAAAGUCAUUCCUUUGGGAAGCCUGUCAUCUAAAUUAUCCAGAAGAUACAUAAAGGCAAAAAGAUCAAUAGAGAAGAAUGAGGAGUUUGCCAAUCAUACUCCACAGAGUUCCUCAGCCAUGGGGGUUAGGACGGUUAACUGUUCAGAGACCGAGGACAAAGAUCAGAUGUUGGAGAACAGUUCUCAAAAAGAAAACUUAUUUAUAUGUGAUUCUCUUAUGGAACAAAACACUGAAAAUACUGUAGAAGGUGCUAAGUUAGUAGAAGCAGCAAAGCAAAGCUCUACGCAGGAAGGUGGGAGAUCAGCCCUCGCUCCUGCUUUCUCAGAUAGUGCUCCUAUGGCGUCAGCACCAGAAUUAACUCUGGGGAGUAAACUACAGCCAGCUUCAGAGGCCAGUCUGGCAAAGCAGGAGAGAAUCAGUCAAGUACAGGGAGAAGGUGCUGAAAAAUGCAAGGCAGAUGUUGAAGUCACAAUGGCUGUGGCUUCGGAAGCUAAAACGCAGGUGUCAGAUUGGGAGGCACAAUCUCACGGUUCUGCACAUGAUGCUUCUAAGGGGAGUGACAUCCCCAAAUGCCCUCUGGAAGGUGACAGUGGCUUAAUGAAUGAAGUCACUGGCGGAGCUGCCUUGGAGCAGGGAUCAAGCUGUGACGGUCCUGGUCAAACAGUUCCAACAGCCUUGAGCCAUCCUUACUACCUUCGGAGUUUCCUUGUGGUGCUGGGAGCCGUACUUGAGAAUGAAGAUGAUAGGAUGCUCUUCGACGAACAGGACAAGGAAAUCGUGGCUAAAUUUUACCAGUUAUCAGACAGUGGUCAGAAAUUAUAUGUAAGACUUUUCCAACGGAAGUUCAGCUGGAUUAAGCUGAGUAAAUUGGAAUAUGAAGAGAUCGCCCCUGACUUGACCCCCGUGGUUGGAGAGCUGCAGCGAGCUGGCUUUCUGCACACAGAAUCUGAGUUGCAAGAACUCCCUGAAGUGCUUGAACUGCUUUCUGCUCCCGAACUGAAAACCCUGGCAAAGACCUUCCACUUGGCGAACCCCAGUGCCCAGAAGCAGCAGCUGGUGGACGCUCUGCUCGGACUGGCCAGACAGCCGUCUGUCUGCACUUGGGGGAGGAAGCCGCCUGGAGUCGGGGCAGUGAUUUUGAAAAGAGCCAAGGCUUCUGCAGGACCCUCGCUGAGGCUGUGUAAAGGCCCCCGAGCCGUCUUCUCCAGAGUCCUGCUGCUUUUCUCUCUGACUGACUCCCUGGAGGAGGAGGAGGCGUCCUGUGGGGGGCAGGGCCAGCUGUCCACCGUGCUGCUGGUCAACCUGGGCCGCGUGGCCUUCCCUCAGUACACCGUCCAUCGGGAGACCCAAAUCUUCCAGGACCGAGAGGACCUCAUCAGAUACGCAGCCGCCGCCCACAUGCUGAGUGACAUCGCCGCCGCCAUGGCCAGCGGGAACUGGAAGGAAGCACACGAGCUCUCUCAGUGCGCCAAGAGGGACUGGAGCAGACUGAAAAACCACCCUUCCCUGAGGUACCACGAGAACUUACCGCUCUUUCUGCGCUGCUUUACUGUUGGGUGGAUUUACACAAGAAUCCUCUCUCGGGCCGUCGAAAUCCUGCAGCGGCUUCACAUGUACGAGGAAGCAGUCAAGGAACUCGAGGACCUCCUGUCCCAGAAGAUCUACUGUCCCGACAGCAGAGGGCGCUGGUGGGAUCGGCUGGCUCUCAACCUGCACCAGCACCUGAAACGCCUGGAACCGGCCAUCAAGUGCAUCACCGCAGGGCUGGCAGAUCCCGAGGUGAGAACGGGGCACCGCCUUUCCUUGUAUCAGAGAGCUGUGCGGCUGAGAGAGUCCCCGAGCUGUCAGAAGUACCGGCACCUCUUCCGCCGGCUGCCAGAAAUCACGGUGCACGACGUGAAACACGUGACCAUCACGGGCCGGCUGUGCCCACAGCACGGGAUGGGCAAGUCCGUGUUUGUGAUGGAAGCCGGAGGGUCUGCCGCCCCCACCACCGUGCUGUGCUCUGUGGAGGAGCUGGCGCUGGCCUAUUACAGACGCAGUGGCUUCGACCAAGGAAUCCACGGGGAAGGGUCCACCUUCAGCACUCUGUUCGGCCUGCUCCUGUGGGACGUCAUCUUCAUGGACGGCAUUCCGGACGUCUUCAGGAACGCCUACCAGGCAUUCCCGCUGGACUUGCACACAGACGGCUUCUACGCCAGCCGGGGGCCGGCCAUCGAGGCCAGGCUGCAGCGGAUCCACGGCGCCCCCGCCGAGCACCUGCGAGCCUGGGUGGCGGACGUGUGGCAGGCCCAGGAAGGCAGAGCGGCUUCCGUAGUCAGCUGGGAUCGCUUUGCUUCUCUUCAGCAAGCUCAGGACCUGGUUUCCUGCUUGGGCGGCCCCAUCCUGAGCGGCGUGUGCCGGCGCCUGGCUACGGACUUCCGGCACUGCCGAGGGGGCCUGCCGGACCUGGUGGUGUGGAACUCCCAAAAUCAUCGCUUCAAGCUGGUGGAAGUUAAGGGCCCCAGUGACCGCCUCUCCCAGAAGCAGAUGCUCUGGCUGGAUGAGCUGCAGAAGCUGGGGGCUGAUGUCGAAGUCUGCCACGUGGUUGCUGUGGGCGCCAAGAGCAAAGGCCUUGGCUGAGAGCUGUGGAUCCAGGAUUUUCAAAAGCUUAAGUGCAAUUACGUUUGUUUCAUUUUGACUUUGUUACUGGUGGCAAUAAACCUGAGAGUAAACUUGA